AUGCUGGGAACGGUUACAGACGCUCUACUUAUAAUUAUUUAUCAACUUCAUGGGAACCGCAACGGCAAUAAGACGAUUGUUUCCCUAUUCUCGUUAUUGGAUUCCUCACAGUCUCAUUCAGAAUUACCGACUCUACUCCCCCCUUACUCCUGCAGUCAAUAUGACUUCUUCAACAAAUUCCCAGAACACGCAACUCCGCGAUUCAGAGUCUACCAAUUCACCGCUGAAGUAAGGAGUCAGCUACGCACGCGAGGCUUACUCCCACCAAAUGUCGAAGACCACAUGCUACAAUCUGAAAGAUGUUUAAGACAACUGGCUUCGAAAUCGACUCCCAUUGAAAAAUAUAUUUACCUUACUACCUUAAGGAAUACCAACAGUCAUUUAUUUUACCGACUGCUAAUCAGCAAUUUUUCGGCUAUAACCCCCUUAGUAUAUACCCCCGUAGUUGGAGAGGCAUGCAAGAGAUGGUCUGAGAUUUACCAGCACGCUGAAGGUCUAUACAUCUCGUACAAGGAUCGUGGCGCUAUAAUCGAUGUUUUACGAAACUGGCGACAUCCAAAAGUUGAAAUCACUGUUGUCAGUGAUGGUUCUCGUAUUCUAGGCCUCGGUGACCUUGGCGUCAACGGGAUGGGUAUUCCGGUCGGAAAGCUGGCACUCUACACCGGCUGUGCUGGUAUUCGACCGGAUGUGACUUUACCUCUAAUGUUAGAUCUAGGCACGAAUAACGCAGCCUUAUUAAAUGAUCAGUUCUACUUGGGCGCUCGGAUGAAGAGGAUUUCUGAAAAAGAAGAAAUGGAAUUUAUGGACGAGUUAAUGGAAGCACUAAAUACUGUGUGGCCAGGUAUUGUAGUACAAUUCGAAGACUUUAAGAACCCUUUCCCAGCUCUAGAGAAGUUUGGGCCGAAGUAUGCAUGUUUCAACGAUGAUGUGCAAGGUACUGGAGCUGUCAUUUUAGCGGGAAUUAUCAAUGCUCUAAAGAGAACAUCAGUUCCUAUCAAAGAUCAACGUGCCGUCUUUAUGGGAGCAGGUAGCGCUGGGGUAGGAGUCGCCAAACAAAUUGUCGAAUACUUUGUAAAACAGGGUUUAAGUGAAGACGAAGCUCGAAGAAAGUUCUGGUUUGUCGACACAAAGGGCCUCAUAACUAAUGAUAGAGGAGACUGGCUCGCCGCACAUAAAAAAUAUUUUGCUCGAGAUGAUAACCAGGGUCAGCAAUUCAAGACACUUGCUGAGGUUGUAGAAUAUGUCAAACCAUCUAUUCUCAUGGGACUUUCGACUACUCGUGGCGCUUUCAAUGAACAAAUUAUUAGGAAAAUGGCCGCUCUGAAUGCAAACCCCAUCAUCAUGCCAUUAUCAAAUCCGUCUGACAAUUCCGAAUGCACCUUUGAGGAAGCCACCAAAUGGACCAAUGGAAAAGCGAUAUUUGCAAGCGGAAGCCCUUUUCUACCGGUCAUGCAUGAUGGCAAGCUAAUCUACCCUAGUCAGGGAAAGUCAGUAUCACCUGUAGUAUAA